AGACAGCUGUCAUGAUUUCUUACAUAGGUCUAGUUAUUAAAUAAUAUUUCCUGUUAUAAUGGCAAAGCCAAGCGUACAGUCGUAAAAACGUCAUAGGAAAAUUCCAUCAAACUGGAUACAGAGGAGCGCUUCUACACUCCUAGUUCCACAAACGAGUUUUGCACAACAGAGGGAUUUCAAAAGGAUGGCACUUUGAUCACCGACAAAGACUACGCAAGUGGAGCAGUCAAGUGUGAAAUACAAUGGGAUAAUUUAUGACCACUAUUUUGCGUUUUAGGCAUUCAGGGCUGUCCGCUUUAAAAAAUCGAGCCAACUGGAUAAAAUAGAAGAGCUCAACACAGGGUUUUGCUAAAUUAAGAUUAUUUUACAAAGUCAGGACCAAAUGAACAUUUGAAGAAUUUUUUUCACCAGCGGGUCUAGAGACACACUUGCGUUCUACCAGUUUAUAUGGCUGUGGUCAUACACUAAGCUACAAUUUACCUAAUAUUAUCAAUUACUAGUAAAUGCUUUAUGUCUGUUUAGUAGGCUUUUGGAGUCGGAUUCUUCAGUAAAAUAAGAGUCAAGAGGGUAAACCAAGCGGGCGCGCUCUCCAAGUCUCUCACGCACACACACGCGCACAUAAAACACAGGAUCCUUCUUUCUCUCAAACACUCGGUCCUUUCUCUUUACAAACCACUCGUGAAGUCGAUUGACAGGCUAGAAUGAAAAUGAGGAGGACACUCGGUCAAGACUUCAGUUCAAACGCGUCCUUUUGAGGAGACCUCUAAACUUGGAUCAUAUCACCAUGGGAGCUAUUUGUACUGGAAAGGACUUCUGUUUGUUUUUGCUCUUGUUAACUACCUGCCAAAGCGCUGCUCUUCUGGAGAACCGAGAUCCAUGCUCUGAAGGAAGUGAUGGCUGUCACAUUGAUGCUUUUUGUCAAAAUACCCAAGCCUCUUCCAAGUGCACGUGUAAAGCAGGCUUUAAAGGAGAUGGUAAACAUUGUGAAGACAUUGAUGAAUGUGAUAUCGACUACAAUGGUGGCUGUGUACAUGAAUGUAACAACAUACCGGGCAAUUAUCGUUGCACUUGCCAUGAUGGAUUCAAUUUAGCACACGAUGGACAUAACUGUCUAGAUGUGAAUGAGUGUGUGUUCAACAAUGGAGGGUGCCAGCAGACAUGUGUAAACACUAUGGGAAGUUAUGAGUGCCGCUGCAACGAGGGCUUCUUCCUCAGUGACAACCAGCACACAUGUAUCCACCGAUCUGUGGAGGGCCUCAACUGUAUGAAUAAGGAGCAUGGCUGUGCUCACAUCUGCAAGGAGACACCCAAGGUGGGAGUGGCCUGCGAGUGCCGCCCAGGAUUCCUGCUGGCCAGGAACCAAAGAGGCUGCAUUUUGACCUGUAACCAUGGUAAUGGAGGCUGCCAGCACAGCUGUGAAGACACGGACCAGGGGCCCAUUUGCAGGUGUCAUAUGAGGUACACCCUGCAGCCUGAUGGAAGGUCCUGUGUAGAGCAGGCUGAGGCAACCACAGAGAGCUCUGAUCAUAACGCCACGUCCUUUGCCGAGGUGGACAAACGUGUGAAGCGCAGACUGCUUAUGGAGACCUGUGCGGUGAAUAACGGAGGGUGUGACUGCACCUGUAAAGACACAUCCACAGGCGUACGCUGCAGCUGCCCCGUAGGGUUUACCCUGCAGGCUGACGGGAAGACGUGCAAAGACAUUGAUGAGUGUGAACUGCACAACGGCGGUUGCGACCACUUCUGCCGGAACACCAUCGGCAGCUUUGAAUGCAACUGCAGGAAGGGUUUUAAGCUGCUCACCGAUGAACACUCCUGCCAGGAUAUAGAUGAGUGUUUUUUUGAAAGGACGUGUGACCACAUGUGUGUCAACUCCCCUGGUGGUUUCGAAUGUGUCUGCAACAAAGGUUACACCCUGUAUGGACUGGCUCAUUGUGGAGAUAGGAAUGAGUGCAGUGUGAACAAUGGAGGUUGUGAACAGGGUUGUGAGAACACCUUGGGGGGGUUUCAGUGCCAGUGCCAGCCUGGCUAUAACCUACACUGGAACAAAAAGGAUUGUAUCGAGGCGGACAAUUUCCCAGCAACAAAGCCCCCCUUUAAACCUACCUUGAACUGCAGCAGAAAUGCCGGAGGUGACCGCUGCUAUCUGACCUGCCAGUCUCAGGUCCACAUCAGCAGUGGGAUGGAGGAUUCCUAUACAGUGACCUGUGGAAUGCCUCGGCCCUGCUUGGCUGGAGGACAAAGAAAUGAAAGCAGCUCGUAUUGUUUGGAAAUGUCAAGUGUCCCACGAAUUAAGACAACGGCCACUUUUAAGUCUGGCACAGGAAAGUGCAACUUAAAACGCAGUCAAGAGAGAUUAAAGGACAGCCUACACUCAGCUCAUACAGACAGCAGAGCCCUCUUCACAGAGAACGUCCAAUUCAGCUAUGUGAGCCUGCGUUGCAGCUCGUCGGGCCGCCAGGGACGGAGCCGCCACGGCAGGAAAGCAGGCUACGAGGAGGAGGGCUCGUCCAUCACAGCUGAGUUUGAGAUGGAUGUAAACCUAGAGGAGGUAACAGCAGAGAGCUGUGACCUGGGCUGUGUGCGCCGACGCUCAGAGAAAAGGCUGAGGAAGACCAUCCGCAACCUUCGAAAAUCCAUCAACCGGGAGCAGUUUCGGCUCCACUUCGCCGGCUCAGACUACGAGCUGGCCAAGAGGCUGGCCCAAUCCGUGGAGCUGCCGGAACAGUGUGCCAUGGGACAGGUGCUGGUGGACAGGAAGUGUGUGAGCUGCACUGCUGGAACGUACUACGAUGAGGAUCAGGGAAGGUGUGUUUUGUGUCCAGCUGGAAAAUACCAAGAUGAGGAGGGGCAGAUGUCUUGUGAGGUCUGCCCAGGGCCAGAGGUGAGAGGAAGCCCCAGGUCAGUGGGAGCACGGAACAUCUCUGAGUGUGGAGGUCAAUGUCCCCCUGGUCAGUUCUCCCAUGAUGGCUUCAUCCCUUGCCUGCCCUGUACCUUGGGUACCUAUCAGCCAGAGAUGGGGCGCACCUCCUGUUUCCACUGUGGUGGAAACCUGGUCACCAAGCACCAUGGCGCCGUGUCCUUUCAGGAGUGUGAGACCAAAGUCCAGUGUUCACCAGGACAUUACUACAACACCAGCACACAUCGCUGUAUCCGCUGUCCUAUGGGGACGUAUCAGGCAGAGUUUGCUCAGAACUACUGUAUCUCCUGCCCUGGAAAUACCACCACCGACUUUGAUGGCUCCACCAACAUCAUGCAGUGCAAAAUGUCCUGUCACCUCACAGACAGACACUGUGGGGGAGAGCUGGGAGAGUUUACCGGCUACAUCCAGUCCCCUAAUUACCCAGGGAACUACCCUGCAAAUAUCGAGUGCACCUGGACCAUCAACCCACCGCCCAAACGCAGAAUCCUCAUCGUGGUCCCAGAGAUCUUCCUCCCCAUCGAGGAUGAGUGUGGAGACUACCUAGUCAUGAGGAAGAGCUCUCUCUCCAACUCAGUGACAACCUAUGAGACCUGCCAGACCUAUGAGCGACCUAUUGCUUUUACGUCCCGUUCUAAGAGGCUGUGGAUACAGUUUAAAUCCAAUGAAGGGAACAGUGGGAAGGGCUUCCAAGUCCCCUAUGUGACCUAUGAUGAGGACUACCAGGAACUCAUUGAAGAUAUAGUCAGAGAUGGAAGAUUAUAUGCCUCAGAAAAUCACCAAGAAAUUCUAAAGGAUAAGAAACUUAUGAAGGCAUUGUUUGAUGUAUUGGCCCACCCACAAAACUUCUUCAAUUACACAGCACAGGAGUCUAGAGAAAUGUUCCCCAAAUCCUUCAUCCGAUUCCUACGUUCUAAGGUCUUGAGAUUCCUUCGUCCAUAAGAAGACACUUCCAUCAUGUUGCUAAACAAAAUGCUUCUACAAAUUACUGAUUGCACCUGUCAAGUUAUUCAUUGACAAACAAAAAGCAUAUCCUGUUGUACAGAGACUGGCCGCGGGUAAAGCUAACUUAGAGACAGAAACAGACUGUGACACUUUUCUCAAAUGGACUUCAAUUGGAAUUUCAGUGCAUCGGUUGUUACUGGACUGUCAUGGCGCAGACAAGGGCAGCUUUCACAAUCACAUUCGCCUUACCUCUAAAGCUCUGUUUGUACUUAUAUACCAGACCCACCUCCUGUAUGUGAGCCUUGGACAUUUUAGACAGACUUCUUUGAUGUUCAGCUUCCAGUCUUAGAUUCCACAUACUGGUGAUAACAACAAUGUCUUGAAAUGCUUUAUAAUCAAAAUGGAAUUUUUACCAAUUGUGUAGAAGGUGAAUGUGACAGUUAAUUGUAAAAAGGUUCACAGUUUUUUGUUCAAUGUCCAAAACAGCCUAAAACUUAUCACAAACAUUAUAAAAGUUGUUUUACAUUUAAAUCUGAAUUGAUGACAGAAAAUGCCUCAAUUUGAAAAAAGAAUAUAGCACAAAUAUGACGUUAUGUUGGGAACUUUUAAGCUCUACAAACAUUUUUGUGACACCACAAAAGCAAUUAUCCUGAUGAAUGUUUUGUAUAUUGUGUAAAAAGUUUUAGAUAUAAAUGUUAAUGUAUUUUAGUAAUCUGCAUUCUGUACAUCUCCGUACAACCUGUAUUUUUGCUGCAUCAAAUUAAUAAUUGUAAUCAGUGUCCUGAAAACAUUUGCAUCUUCAAAAUGAAUGUUAAUACUUCAUGUUACUGGGAUUUUAGUGAACACGACCUGUUCUAUAAUGUCCAUGCAUCAAGCCAAGCUCUUCAUUAUGAUCAUUCAAACAGCUGCCAAAGACUACUUUUCCCUUCUCAAAGGAGUGAGAUGAUUGAGUGGUGUGACUAAAUGUAGAGUAAGUCAGAUUAUACAUUUUUAUGAAAUGGAUUGGGAGAAUUUUAAAAUAGAUGUAGGGUGAGUAGUAUGUAAAUUGGACACUUUGAGUAUUGUAAAAAUGGGACACAUACAAAGAAUUAUAUUAAAAAGCUUAAAUGUCCCAUUUUAAUCAACUGUCCCAUUUUCACAAUAUUCACCCUAUCUAUUUACUUGUGUCAUAGAAACUAAAUGUGUCUAUAUUUUUAUGA